AUGUCUCAAGAGGUUUUCUGUGGAAUUGGGAUUCAAGAAAGAUCGAAUGAGAGAUCAUUAGAACUCCGAGAGCCGCUUGGAACCGAGGCUGCAUCAGCGACAGGCAACGAAGACCCAGAACCCAGCGAGGCCACGAAGACCCAGAACCCAGCGAGGCAAAGAAGACCCAGAACCCAGCGAGGCAACGAAGACCCAGAACCCAGCGAGGCAACGAAGACCCAGAACCCAGCAAGGCAACGAAGACCCAGAACCCAGCGAGGCAACGAAGACCCAGAACCCAGCGAGGCAACGAAGUCCCAGAACCCAGCGAGGCAACGAAGUCCCAGAACCCAGCGAGGCAACGAAGACCCAGAACCCAGCGAGGCAACUAAGUCCCAGAACCCAGCGAGGCAACGAAGUCCCAGAACCCAGCGAGGCAACGAAGUCCCAGAACCCAGCGAGGCAACGAAGACCCAGAACCCAGCGAGGCAACGAAGACCCAGAACCCAGCGAGGCAACGAAGACCCAGAACCCAGCGAGGCAACGAAGACCCAGAACCCAGCGAGGCAACGAAGACCCAGAACCCAGCGAGGCAACGAAGACCCAGAACCCAGCGAGGCAAUGAAGACCCAGAACCCAGCGAGGCAACGAAGUCCCAGAACCCAGCGAGGCAACGAAGUCCCAGAACCCAGCGAGGCAACGAAGUCCCAGAACCCAGCGAGGCAACGAAGUCCCAGAACCCAGCGAGGCAACGAAGACCCAGAACCCAGCGAGGCAACGAGGACCCAGAAACCAGCGAGGCAACGAGGACCCAGAAACCAGCGAGGCAACGAAGAUCCAGAACCCAGCGAGGCAACGAAGACCCAGAACCCAGCGAGGCAACGAAGACCCAGAACCCAGCGAGGCAACGAAGACCCAGAACCCAGCGAGGCAACUAAGUCCCAGAACCCAGCGAGGCAACGAAGUCCCAGAACCCAGCGAGACAACGAAGACCCAGAACCCAGCGAGGCAACGAAGACCCAGAACCCAGCGAGGCAACGAAGACCCAGAACCCAGCGAGGCAACGAAGACCUAGAACCCAGCGAGGCCACGAAGACCCAGAACCCAGCGAGGCAACGAAGACCCAGAACCCAGCGAGACAACGAAGACCCAGAACCCAGCGAGGCAACGAAGACCCAGAACCCAGCAAGGCAACGAAGACCCAGAACUCAGCGUGGCAACGAAGACCCAGAACCCAGCGAGGCAACGAAGACCCAGAACCCAGCGAGGCAACGAGGACCCAGAAACCAGCGAGGCAACGAGGACCCAGAAACCAGCGAGGCAUCGAAGAUCCAGAACCCAGCGAGGCAACGAAGACCCAGAAACCAGCGAGGCAACGAAGACCCAGAACCCAGCGAAGCCACGAAGACCCAGAACCCAGCGAGGCAACGAAGACCCAGAACCCAGCGAGGCAACGAAGACCCAGAAACCAGCGAGGCAACGAAGACCCAGAACCCAGCGAGGCAACGAAGACCCAGAACCCAGCGUGGCAACGAAGACCCAGAACCCAGGGAGGCAACAAUGAUCCGAAGCAGUGUUAAGCGUCGUGUUAGACCAAAGUGGCAAAGAACGACCAAAGUGGCAAAGCACGACCAAAGUGGCAGAGUGAAUAAAGUAGCAGGAAUCAGGUCAUGCCAUGUGUAUCACUAG